AUGGCGGCUGUAAUCGAUCCUACGAAACCCACCAAAUACCCUGUCGUUCUCAGCGAUGCCCUCCUAGGCGGAACCGCAAAGGAUGUGUUUACGAACGUCCGAUAUAAUCACAAGCCGGAUCUCUCGUCGGAAACCUCCCCAGAACAAGCCCGUCUGAAGCCCGCCAUCGCCGGCUCGACCUCCUCCUACGAGCUCUCCUUCCAAGAUGAAGGCGGAAAAUACGCCUACGCCGGCACCCGCACCGUCGGCGAGAACCAGUACAUUCUGUACUUCGACCCUUCCCGCAAGGUCUUCGUCCUCGACAGGAUCGAUUCGACCUUCAACAUGAACCUGACCCGCACUCCCGACAAUUCUGAUCCUGACAGCCUGCGCCAGCAGUUCGAGCAGCUCGACACUUCCAUUACGGCCGAUACUAGCAUUGUCGCCAAAUCUGCGAAGAAGCCCGCCGCUACGAAAAGCGCUACUACCAAAGCCGCGCCGAAGACUACGAAGAAGGAAGCCGCCCCGAGGCGCAAAGCCCCGCCCAAGAAGAAGAAGGAAGAGCCCAAAUCGAUAGAACUGUCCCUACCCGAGCCGGCCCCCGAGCCUAAAAAGGAACCCGAGAAGCCUCAGAAGAAGAAGAAGAGGCCGGAUCCGGAAUCCGAGGAGGACGAGGAUGACGAUGACGAUGGAGGCUUGCUGGUCGAGUAUCCCGGUGCCGAGCCGAACCGACAAAACGACUUCUCGCCCGCGUUCCCCGAUAAUACUUUCCCUCUACGGCGGUUCUCCGAGUUUGCGGAGAAGCUGCGGGAGUCUGGCAACGAAGACUUCGACGAGGAGAGUAACUCCGACAACGAGGACAUUGCUCUGAGUGGAUUCAAACUUCCUAGUCCGGUCGGGAAGAAAAAUAACCACAACUCGGCAUAUGGGCAGGACGAUGAAGAUGACGAAGACGACGAUGCCAUCAUGGAGGAUGUUAACGUCCCGCGUAAUCUCGAGGCUGAUCUUGAAGCGGAUCUACAAGCGGGGUUGGAGAAUGAGUUGGAGGCGCAUCUCAAGGCGGGCCUUCAGUCGAAUUUGGAGGAUGAUCUGGCGGCCGAGUUAGAGAACGAGUUGAUGCAGGCCAACAGUGGAGGGGAUGCUGACUCGGAAAGUGAGGUUAGUGAGGAGGAUUAA